AUGGAGUCUAUAGAUAGAAAUGAAAUUCUCAACAAUUUUAUUGCUGUUACACAAUGUUCGAAUGAAGAAGCCACACGUUAUUUAGAAGCUGCACAAUGGAAUCCACAAACUGCUAUGGAAAUCUUUUUUGAUGAUGGCGGUUCUCAUGCCAGCGGACCUACUGCUUCGACUAAUAUGAAUAUUAAUCAAGGUACUUCAGCACAAAUAGCAUCCGGUGGAACAGGUGGUUAUGAAUCAGAUGAUGAGAGUCCAAUGCAAACUGCUAUUGAUGAAAGUCUUCGAGCUAGUGCCGCUGCAACAAAAUCAACAUCAACAGGAUCCAAAGACGAUAAAAAUAAAAAUACAUCAGGAUCAUCAUCAUCAAAAUUUGGUACUAUUGGUAGUUUACAUAAAGAAGAAGAUAGUUCUGAUGAAGAAGGUCAAGCUUUUUAUGCUGGUGGUUCCGAAAGAAGUGGUCAACAAAUACUUGGACCACCAAAGGCUAAAGAUACGGAUAAAAAAGUAGCUAAAAUAUUUGAAGCAGCUCGUAAACAAGGUGCUGUUGAAGCUGAUGAUGAAAACGGUUCAUCAUCACAAACAAAAAAAGAAAAAGUAUUUGCUGGUGUUGGAUAUACUUUAGGUGAUGAUAAUACACCUUCACGUCCAUUGGGUCAAUCGAUAUCUGAUGCAACAACACCGGCUUCGAAUCGAGCUGAACAACUUCCACUUCGAUUCUUUUCAAAUGGUUUUACUAUAGGUGAUGGUGAAUUACGUAAAUUUGAAGAUAAUAAAGAAUUUAUGAACUAUAUUAAACGUGGUGAAGUACCACCUGAACUUAGAAAUUUAACUUCCGGUGGACGACAAAUUGAAGUACGUCUUGAAGAUCAUCGAGAAGAAGAAUAUAAACCAGUAGCACCUCAAUUUAAACCAUUUGGAGGUGCUGGUUAUAUGCUUGGUUCACCAGCACCUACUGUUGUUAGUCCAUCAAAAACUACACGAGAUUCUCCAUUUCAAUCAUCUAUGAUAACAACAAGUAGUAGUACAACAUCAGCAUCUAAUGAUUCAAGUGAUUUAGAAAAACGUGCUGAACAACAACUAAAAUCAUCUUCAGCAUCAACUACUAUACGUCUUCGUUUACCUGAUUUAUCAACACCAAUACGUAUUGUAAUUGAUCUUAAUCGAACAUUAGCUGAUGUACGUAAAUUUCUUAGUGAAAAUGUACCUGCGCUGCAAUCGAAUCAAUUUCAAUUUAUUGAACCACCAUCAACAAAAAUAAAACAUGAAGAUGAAACUAAAACAAUUAGUGAAGCAAAAUUAACAAAUGCUACACUUGCCAUUCGUCGAGGUUCUUAA